AUGUGGAGCUGUAUAAUGGAUUUCUUCACUUAUGAGACGACCAAGUCUGUGGUGGUGAAGAGCUGGACCAUUGGCAUCAUAAACCGUGUAGUUCAGCUGCUCAUAAUCUCUUACUUUAUUGGUUGGGUGUUUUUGUAUGAAAAGGCCUACCAAGAGAGAGACACUGCUAUAGAAUCAUCAGUAAUGACUAAAGUGAAAGGAUUUGGAGAACACCAUAACAAGACCAUGGAUGUAGCUGAUUAUGUCACUCCUACACAAGGGGCCUCAGUGUUCUGUAUCAUCACUAAACUUAUUACCACAGAGAAACAAGUGCAGGCCUUGUGUCCUGAGAGUGAGACAAAGUUUAAAUGUGAACAUGAUAAUAACUGCACAGAAUUAAUGUCAAAGCCAGGUUCAAACGGUUUGUUGACGGGAAAGUGUGUGAACUUCAACAAUACUUUAAAAACAUGUGAGAUCAGAGGAUGGUGCCCUGCAGAGAUAGAUGAUAUCCCAAUAAAACCCAUGAUGGAGGUGGAAAAUUUCACCAUAUUUAUCAAAAACAGCAUUCGUUUUCCUCGUUUCAACUUCACAAAAGGAAACUUCUUGACCACCAUCAACAGUACCUACAUAAAUAAGUGUCAUUUUGACUUUGAAAAAAAUUCCUAUUGUCCCAUAUUCAGAGUGGGGGAUGUGGUUCAGAUGGCACACCAGAGCUUCACCACGCUGGCUGAAAAAGGUGGGGUAAUUGGUAUAAAGAUAGCCUGGCUGUGCGAUCUAGACAGAUCGGAGGAUCAGUGUAAGCCUGCUUACUCCUUUACUCGUCUGGAUGCAGUGUCUGAAAAAAACAAUGUGUCACGAGGGUACAACUUCAGGUUUGCAAAGUACUUUAAGAUGGAGAACGGGACGGAGUACCGCACUCUGCUCAAGGCAUAUGCCAUUAGGUUUGAUGUGAUGGUCAACGGAGAUGCAGGGAAAUUUAAUAUGAUCCCGACUUUGAUCAACAUGGUAGCUGCCUUCACUUCUGUGGGUGUGGGGGCAGUUCUUUGCGAUAUAAUUCUUCUAAAUUUCCUGAAAGGAGCUGACCAAUACAAGGCAAAGAAAUUUGAAGAGGUGUCAGAUACACAUAUUGAAACGUCAGCCUCCUAUAUCAGUGGGAUGUACCGGACCAGAGAUCACAGCCAGCUAUCAAUCAGACCAGAAGAGAAGUUCUCUAAUGACUCUGGGGCCUUUUCCAUUGGCCAGUACAGUUAA